AGGCCUUUCAAGCCUCACAGUUGCUGGAAACAAGAAUGGCUUUUGUGUUGGCUUGCCAGAAUGUCCUGUGGCAUUCACCUUAGGCUCUUGCUUGACUUUGUCUUUGAAUCAUGUCUGGGCUUUGACCAGUUCUCUGGCUUGACCUCAUUGUGUUGCAUCAGCAGUCUUGUCUGGAUGCACCUUCUAAGGCGAUGUAAAGUGACCUGCUUGUGCCCAUGAGAGAGAACUCCCUGUCUUCUCCUACGGCAGGGCAAAAGGCACAGCAGAUGAGCCGCAAGACAAUAUCCCCAGGACUUGAGCAGACAAAAGUUUGAAGAACCAGGCGGAGGCACUCCACCACUUCUCCAUGGGGAACAAAUUCUCGGAGAAGGUGUCUUCGUUCCUCUUUGAAUAUGACACCCCGAGGAUGGUUUUGGUGCACAAUAAGAAGGUGGGACUUACCUUCAGAUUAAUCCAGCUGGUGGUCCUUGCCUACGUUAUAGGGUGGGUUUUCCUUUAUGAGAAAGGCUACCAGUCUAAAGAUGGCGUCAUCAGCUCUGUCUCUGUGAAGCUCAAAGGACUAACACUUACCAAUUUCAGUGAGAUGGGCCCUUACAUAUGGGAUGUGGCCGAUUAUGUUUUCCCACCUCAGGGAGACAGUUCCUUUGUGGUGAUGACCAACUUCAUUAUCACCCGUGGACAGAAACAGGAAACAUGCCCUGAGCAUCCUGAAGCAGGGAAAUGUGAUGAAGACAGCAAAUGUGUUGCAGGGAAGUUCCUUCGUCAGGGCCAAGGUAUCAUGACUGGGAAGUGUGUGAAUUUUAGCCAUACAGAGAAAACCUGUGAGAUCUAUGGAUGGUGUCCAGUGGAGAUUGAUGACAAAGUGCCUAAGCCGCCUCUGCUUCUAGCUGCUGAAAACUUCACCUUGUUCAUCAAGAACAGCAUCACUUUCCCCAGGUUCAAAGUCUCCAGACGCAACCUUGUGGAGCGAGUCACCAAGAGCUACCUGAGGAACUGCACCUAUCACAAAGUCAGAGACCCCUUGUGCCCGGUUUUUGAACUGGGAUACAUAGUGGAGCAAUCUGGACAGACAUUUUCCAUCCUCGCUCAUAAGGGCGGUGUCGUUGGAAUCACCAUCAAUUGGGACUGUGACCUGGAUUGGCCAGUGAGGUACUGUGUGCCAGUCUACAAGUUUCAUGGGCUUUACAAUGAGGACAACAACAUCUCUCCAGGGUUCAACUUCAGGUAUGCCAGGUAUUACAGAGACAACGGGAGAGACCUACGAACCCUCUACAAGGUGUUUGGCAUCCGCUUUGACAUUCUGGUGAAUGGAAAGGCAGGAAAAUUUGACAUUAUUCCAACGAUGACAACGAUAGGCUCUGGAAUUGGCAUCUUUGGAGUGGCCUCGGUACUUUGUGACCUCCUUCUCCUGAACUUCCUAUCCAAUCGGGACUACUACAAGCAGAAGAAAUUCAAGUAUGCAGAACAAGUUCCUAUCAAACUGGGAAAAGAAGAUGCUGUCAGUUCCUGCAACUUACAAGGGAAGGAAAAGGUUUCUCAGUGAAAUUGAUUUGCAUGUCAAACACAAGCCCCAUCUCCUCUUCCUUGAAUGCAUUGCCAGCGACCCUAGAGAUUUAUCCACCUAUUUGUUCCCGAGCACACACCUGCUGAACUUCUGAAGCACUGGGCUUGCAGCCCUUCCAGGGAAGGGGGAAGGCAUUUUCUAGAAUCCUCUAAUGCAAGAGUCCCUAAACCGUGGUUUGUUGAACCAUCAGUGGUCCGUAAGCAUUAUUCAGGCGGUCUGUGGCACACCUGUGGAUUUGCACUUGAAGGUGGGAGAUGACACAUCCAUCACACUAAAUAUACAUAUUGAUUUUUAA